UCCGCGCCGACGGUGACACCGGGCAGAGCCCCGGCUUCCUGGGCAGGGAGCAGCCCGGAUGGAUGGAGAGGGGGCUGAGCAGCACCCGCUCCGGGUGCGGGGCGCAGCGCUGGGGAUGAUGCGUGCGGCUGGGCAGGGACGCUGCUGGUGGCCGUGGUGCCAGUCAGUGAUCUGCGAAACCAACCUCCAUCCCGGCUCCGUGGGGCUCGCACUCCAGGCUGGGCUCCUGGGCCAUGGGGCCGCAAAGCCCCCGGAGCUGCCCGGGACCGGCGCUGCUGCCACGGCAGAGCUGAGCUCCCCCAAGCCCCGGCCGGUGUGUGGCCAUUGCUUCCACUACAUGGGAACCACCAGCACACCUCAUUCCUCCCUCCCGGCGGAGGGUGCAGCAUUCCCAUGGGAUCGCCGGCAUGUCUCGACAGGGCGAUCUCCUUUCCCUAAAAUGCCUUUUGGGGGGAUUCCUCCUGCAACAUCCCGGUUUGUUCCUGCCGGUCCUGGCAUGUCAGUGCGGGAUAUGGGAUGUAGGAUGCUCGGGGUGGUCUCUACCCACGGUCUGUGCUGCCCCUCCAGAGAGACCAGCAAAGCUCAGUGAGAGCAGCUGGAGAAUUGAAAUGAAGUCUCCUGGAAUAACCUCCUGGCAGCAAGUCUGAAUGGCUGCUGUGGAGGGAAGGCAGCCAAAGCUCAUUUCACGGUCUGAGGGCUACAGUAACCCCCCCUGGCCCCCAUCCUCACGCCCACAAGCUCCCUCACCAGCAGGGAGCCAGGAGUGUUUCAGAGAUGGGUGGGGGGCAAAUCCCUUGAGCACGGGACUGCAGCCACAGGGGGGUUUGCCGUGUCCCUUGCUGGGUUCACAGCUCCCACGUGAAUUACCCAAGGCCUGAAAAUGCUGCAUUCUUGGUUGCAGUCCAGCUCUUAAUCCUGCGGCCUGGGGGCUGCUAUUUGCAGAGGAACAGGUUUGGAGCAACUGCGUGUUGGCUGCAGGGGGAUCCCCGGGUUUGGCCGUCCCUGCACCUUGCGGUGGCACCGUGGGUGCAGGGGCAGAGCUCUGUGGCUCGCAGGCAGCAGGAUGGGUCAGUCCCAGCGUGCCAAUGUCUGCACGGGACCAGCUGGGCUCAGCCUGCUGGCGCCUGCUUUUCAGGAGCUCUGCGACUCACCAGCUCCUUUCCCAUCAGCCCACCCGACAGCUGGGCCUUGGCAGCAAUCUGGGAGGCCCACAGUCUGUCACCUGGCUCCUUGGGUGCUGCAGGCUUUGCCCUCACUAGGCUCCAGUACCCAGCUUUCCAUGCCAAAUACCUGGGACCCUGAUUUGGGGUGGUCCUGAGCUACUCUGCGCUGCUCUGCACCUCCCUUGCCUGGCACCUGCAGCACAGGCAGGCCAUGAGGAGCUUGCUCAUGGGAAGACCCAGGAGUGCACACGGUGUUUUGGGAGCCAUUUUAAACCCAAGGGCGUUCACAGGGUGUUUUGGAGCCAUUUGAAACCCAAGGGAAUGGCCAAGGUGUUUUGGGAGCCAUUUGAAACCCAAGGGAGUGCACAGGGUGUUUUGGGAGCUGUUUGAAACCCAAAGGAGUGCACAGGGUGUUUUGGGAGCUGUUUGAAACCCAAAGGAGUGCACAGGGUGUUUGGGAGCUGUUUGAAACACAAAGGAGUGAUUUGGAAGGGGGAUGUGCAGGAGGAGAAGUGGGGCUGCUCUCAGACAAGACUGUGUGGUGGGAGUGUGUGGCAGGGACAACUGUCUGCAGCCCUGUGGCCAGAGAUGUCCCUGCACUGUGUUGCAGCCGUGUCACGUCAGCCCCAGCCCAGUGUAGGUGUACCUGGUCCCUUGCAGAGUGUCUGUGGCUGCUGCUGAAGCCACAAGGCUUUGUGUGCCACCGAGCCAGGUGCUGUGUUGCCCUGGCACUGGAGGAAGUGCUGGGUUAGUUCACUGUGGUACUUCUGUUUGUGGUGGUUUUUAGGAAAUGGAAAUUUUUAAAAACGUUUUUAAUGUCAAGACCCAGCUCUAAGCAAACUCUCCGUCCCAGGAGCCGCAGGCACUGGCAGGCUGUGCCAGCCUCCCCUUGGUUAUCCCCACCUUUGUGGGGAGGGAUGCCAGCCUUUGUGGGGAGGGAUGCCAGCCUUUGUGGGGAGAGAUGGCUGCCAGGGGCUGGCAAAGAGCAGAUCUGGCAGGGAGCUGUGCUGUUCCCGUGGGAAUCACCAUCAGAUCUGGUUUCAUCCUGCUGGCAAGGCUCAUCCUGAAGGUGCUGGGUGCUCUGUGCAGUGCCAAGGCCCGGGAAAAGCUGAAGCACCCCAUGGCACAGCUUGGCACUGCCAGGCUGCUGGCACUGUGCAGCUGCCCCUCGACUCCCUGGGCAUUAGCCAAGCCCGCUGGUGUUGGGAAUCACAUGCCAAUGCCAUGAAUAACGUGAGGCUGGCCCUGUGGGCAUGCACCACUGGCAUGGUGACAAGGGCGCUUUGUGCAGCACUCAGACACUGACACUGGGGCAUCCCUUUGCAGGGGACCCCCAUGGGGUCCUCACAUCCUGGACAGCUCCAGACCCAGGACACAUUGUUUUUAGUCCCUACGAUGAGGGGCUGGUUGUGCAAAGCUGUUUUGCAUCUCUGGGAACCCGUCCUGGCUUGCCACAAUUUCCUCAUCAUGCUGCUGAGUGCUGCUGAGUAACCACUGUGGUGUCGAGCUUCAGACUCACUCACACCUCGAGGAACAGAGCGUCACUUUCCCAACAGAGCUGGGAGGAAAACAGAUAAAAGCUCCUGGAUCUCCCUGCAUCCUGUGUUUGUUUGAGUCACCAGAGCUGGGAGUAACAUCUUCCCUUCUCCUUGGGAAAAACGUCAUGUCCAGAAGCCACGUGCCACCUCCAAAAGCUUAAAUGCCUGCUGCCAAGUCACCCAGAAGGCAGUAAGGUGGUAGUAAACACCUUUUGUUUGUGGGGUUUUAAGUCUUUUUCUCCCUGCCCUCCAUUCACCUGAGGUUUAGAGACCUCAGUACAAUGCUUUGGCCUUUCUUCCCAAGGCCAAUAUGUUAAUGGUGAUGGGAGGAUAAGAACUGGUGCCCAGCAAUAAGCCUCCCUCUCUGCUGAUAAGGGAGCCUGCUCCAAGCUGUGCAGCCCUGGCUCAGUUUCUGCCACCUCUUUGUACGUGAUCUGGUUGAUUUUGAGGCCAAGCCAGGAAUUUUUCCCCUCUGCCAUCCAGGCAUGGGAAGAUGACGAGGCAGAUUCAGGCCUGACGAGAACCCAGCACAUCCUGCUCCCUUUGCUGUGCCUGCUGCCAGUGUGGAUGGAGGCCCUGGUUUCUCACAGUGAAACCAUUUUCAGGGGAUUUUCUCUCGCUAUUGUUCAGCUCAGGAAGCAGCAAUCAGGCUCGGCCCAGCAGGAGCACACAGGGCUCGGAGGGGAAAUACCGAAAUACCAGCUCCCCCACCCUGCUUCCCACAGGGAUUUCUGGUCCCAGCUGAGUAACACUGAAAGGGGCUGAUCCUCUCCUCCAACCUCCCCAAUUAAACCUUAAGGAUGUCAGCACAGUGGGCUGGGCUGAGGCCUCAUUAAGAUUCCUCAUUCCCCAUCCAGAGGCGAUGCUUUAUUGCCCUGCCAGCUCUGUGCUGCCUCAACAUGGUUGAAGCUUCAUUGCUUUUAACUGCUCCAGGUGUUUUCCAACACCCACAGCAUUUUGCCACCCCAGGUCCGUGUUUUUUGGGUACAUAGGUGAGACUCCUCAGUGUGUGGAAAGGCACUGGGGUGCCAGCCCCAUCCAAAUCCAUUUACUCCUGCCAAGUCCAGCCUGUGCCAAACCCCCCAGAUCACACUGGGACACCUCAUUAGUGUCACUUAGCCACAGCCACGGCAGCAGGUUAAUUAACAACCCAAAGCCCCCGUCUGCUGAUGAUAAAUUGCCACAAGAAACAGGGGGAAAGGAUGUGGAGUGGGCUGUACACCCAUGCAGGAUCUGUGCUGGCUAGAGAAACUUCCAGAAAAGCCUGUGCUGGUGGGAGAAAUCUGCUACUGAGUUAUUGAGCAUCUGGUGACCCUUGAGCAUCUGGGAGAGCAGUGAGCCUUUGCAGGUGAUGCUGGCUGGUGCAAACAAAACAGUUUUGACACCUUGGUAGGUUUUGGGGGGAUAUUUGAGAGCAGUGCAGUGGGGUGCAGCAGUGGCCAAGGGUGCUGGCUUCACUUUGGGCAUUGACAAGAGUGGGCUGGGCCAGCUGCACUGACAGCCCCACCAAUGCUGUCCCACCCUGGGGCUUCUGCAGGGACAGACCCUGGCAGGGUGUGUGCCAUGGCUGAAGUGACAGCGGGGUGAGGAGGAGGUGACACUGGGGAUGCAGUUUGUGGCCUGGGGCAGGCAGAAAGCGCAACAAAAAGGCUGAAAGUGUGAAGGCGUGGCUGGGUGAGUGCAGGGGUGUGGAAGCACUUCAGGGUGCUCACUGCAGGCCUGGGUGGAGGUCACAGAAGCCCUUCCUCAUGCAAAGAUAAAGAAAAGGGUGGUGGAGCAGAGUGGCAGAUGAAGGGAUGGGCAAAGGGGCUGUGCAGGAUGUGGCCCAGCAGUUGUGAGCAGCAGAUUUGGGCAGCCAUGGUUGCUGUGCUGGCAGUGCCAGGAUGUUCUUGGGAGAGCCUUUUUCUGCAGGCUGCAAUGAUGGAGUGGUCUGCAACGUGCCCAGCUCCUCAGCUAAUCUGCAGGAGCUGAAAACAUCCAAGAAAAUAAUUUCAGGGCUGGUGAAUUAGGAAACCACAGUUUCCUUCUGUUCCUAUCACUUCUGAUAACAAGUCAGGGUGUUCACUGAGAUGUGGGGCUGAGAGCGGAAGAGGGGAGGGACCCCUCCUGUGCACUCUUUGUUUGGAGUGCUGGUGCACCCUGGGACCCCUCCUGUGUGGGUUGUUUGGUUGGAGUGCUGGGGCACCCUGGGACCCCUCCUGUGUGGGUUGUUUGGUUGGAGUGCUGGGGCACCCUCUCCAUGCUGAGAGCUCAGGGGCUCCCAGCCUCUGCCACCCUUCCAGCCCACAGCCAGCUUGGAUGCCCAGUGCUCCUGGCUCCUUCUGGAGGCAGAGACAACAGGGACCUGCCUGUGACACUGGCUGUGUCCCACCUGCACAGCCUUUGCUCUCAUCCCUGCCCUCAUGGCUUGGGGGAUACUCAAAUACUCAUGUGGCCCCUUCCCUUUGUACCCUUUCAGGCUCUGCUGUCUCCUUGAAGGCCAGGCCAAGGUAGAGCUGCCCAGGAUGAAGGUCCUCUUCCUGCUCCUUCUCUCCCUCCUCCAAGGGCUGGCAGCCUGUGGCCUCAGGGAGGAGGAUUUUCGCUUCUGUGGGGACCGGAACCAGACCGAGGAGAGCUCUGCCGUCUUCCAGCAUGGCCCUGCCGCCAUCUCCAUCGAGAACACGGCCCAGGCUCUGAUCAUUAAAAAGCCCUUUUUGCCAAGCAGGAGAAACUCCUACUACGAGUACAGGCUGCCCCCCACCUUGGGCAGGUACCGCUUCUGCAUCUUCUGGUUUGAGUCUAACAGGAGCCUGCAGCUGGUCUAUGGGAAGCAGAGCAUCCCCCUGGGUGGGGACACAGCCAGCAGCAUCCCCCGGGGACAGGAGAGUCAGAAGACUGAAAGAACCAGAGCCAACAUCUUCAAUGUGUCCUAUAUCAUAAAGGGUGGGAAGAACACCUCCCAGGAUGCUAAAGAUGAAUACUUCUUCAAUGCCUCUACAUUGAGCAUGCCUGUGUGGGAGCAGGACGUGGAGCAGCAGUUCAGUGCCCUGGACAGCCUCAUUGCCCAGCCCCUGGCAGCAGCCCCGGGGCACAGGGAGCAGCAGAGGCUCCGGCGCAGCACACUCGGGGAGCUGGAGAGGAUGCUGGCCAAGGUGGAGCUGGAAGGGCAGAGCCAGACCUUUGGGGAGGCCACUGUGCACGCCACCGUGCUGAGGGUGCAGCCCAGCCGGGCUCCCCAGCCCCUCACCUUCGCUCCCCUGAGAGAGGAGAGUGGAGAGGUCCAGGGAUUCACAGUGGACCUGCCAAGCAGCCUGUUCAUGGUGGUGAAGGACAGGGAGGAGGUGGCGGAGCACAGGGUGCUCGUCAUGGACAUCAACAGGCAGACUAUGUUCCAGGAUGAGAACAGCAGCCACGUGCUGGGUGACAAGGUGGUCAGCAUCUCCCUGGUGGACACAGUGGUGGCCAACCUCUCCGAGCCAGUGGUGCUCACCUUCUUCCAUGACCAGCUCCUGAGGAACGUGACCCCCCUGUGCGUGUUCUGGCAGGAGGACGCCUCUGGCAGUUCUGGGAGCUGGGACAGCUCUGGGUGCACCACAGUGACAGGGAGCAGCCAGACACAGUGCAGGUGCAACCACCUCACCUACUUUGCUGUGCUCAUGGUUUCUUCUCCAGACAUCACCUCAGUGCACAGGAAUUACCUGAGUAUCAUAAGCUACGUUGGCUGCCUGAUCUCAGCUUUGGCUUCCAUUUGCACCAUUUUCUUCCUCUACUUCAGGAGCAAACAGCGGGACCAGAUCACGAGCAUGCACAUCCACAUGAACCUGCUGGCUGCCAUCUUCCUCCUGGACAUCACCUUCCUCCUCUCGGAGCACCUGGCUGCCAGCAGCAGCGAGGCCAUCUGCACUGCUGGGGGGCUGUUCCUGCACUUCUCUCUGCUGAGCUGCCUCACCUGGAUGGGCAUCGAGGGCUACAACCUCUACAGGCUUGUGAUCGAAGUCUUCAACGCCUACCACGACCAUUUCCUGCUCAAGCUCUGCCUGGUUGGCUGGGGGCUCCCCAUCUUCUGCGUGGUGACAAUCCUCCUGGCCAGCUGGACCAACUACGGCCCCAUCUCCAUUCCCAUCUACGAAUCCAUUGAUGGCAGAACCGUCAAUGCAACCAUCUGCUGGAUCACGAGCCCCCUGGUCCACAACUCCGUGAACCUGGGUUUCUUCACUCUGGUGUUCCUCUUUAACUCGGUCAUGCUGGGGGCCAUGGUGCGCGAGAUCCUCCGGCAGAACAAGAAGGGUCACAAGCUCAAGCACAUCCUGGCCCUCCUUGGGCUGAGCAUCCUGCUGGGCAUCCCCUGGGCACUCAUCUUCUUCUCCUUCACCUCUGGUGUGUUCUGCCUUGUCUCCCUCUACAUCUUCACCAUCAUCAACUCCCUCCAAGGUUUCCUCAUCUUCCUCUGGUACUGGACCAUGGUGCUGCAGGCGAGGAAGGGCCCUGACUCCCAGAGCAGCUCUGACAGUGCCAAGCUGCAGCCCAGCAGCAGCUGAGCCCCGUGGUGCCCGUGCUGUGCCAGAGCUGCCCAUGCCAAGCAUGGCCACAAGAAGGCUCACACCAUCUGCUUUGCUACUGCACCUGCCCUGUAUGCCACAGGGAGCCCAGGGACCCACAGUGGGGCCAGCCACCCCCCCUCUGCUGGCCCCCUCCCCAGUUUUCUCAUCCUGGCAGGCUUGGCAUCCUUGGGGCAGGAGGGAGGGAGGGAUGCUUACUUGGGCAGUGGGGGCUGUAAAAUGUGGAAGGGGCAGGGACAGGGUCCCCAGUGCCUUUGGAUAUCCCCUCCCAUGUCCUGAGGCCAGGAGGGAUGGGUGGGAAAGGCCCAGUUUUCAGCCCUUGCUGAUGGUCACCAUUAGGGUCCUUCCCCAGGGAAGACAGAACGAUUCUGCCCCUGCCACACUCUCAGGCAGCUGAAAUAAUUAUUUUUUUUACUUUAAUGUUUAAUGUCUAUUUGUGGGUGAUGUAGGAGCUCAGUGAGCAUGCCUGCACACCACAUCUGUCCCCAUUAAAGUGUUUUUUCUCUGA